AUGAGCGACUUUGACGGAGCACCAACAGGAGCCACUGGUCCCUAUAUGACCUCGUUCGAGGACGACGAUGAAAUGUUCGCCGCCCUGGAUUGGCAUGUAGACCCCACGCUCUCCGAUUAUUGGGACCGGGUCACCAUCGACCAGCUCCUAAACAUGUCUGAUGAAAAGUUCUCACGGACAGUGAUGGAAUGGCAAAGGAUUACCCAAGCAAGCAAUCUGGAUAUCACCAGCAUUGACAUCGACAGUGAUUGUCGCGCGCUUCUCGAUAACUCACUCGAGUUCGGGGAGUUGACUGAGGCUCCGGGCGCAUCUGCCUCUGUACCGCUCGAGCCUAGUGUCCCCGUCACCAGCGCCCCGGAAACCACCAGUUCGAAGGGAAAGAAACCAUCUGCUGCUAUCAAGGCCGCUGCCUGGCGGAGGAGGAGAAAGGAGAAGGAUCCUAACUUUGCUGACAAAGGUGCAUCUUUCACUUCCUCUCUUCUUACGCCGCCGGCUCUUCAUAAUUGA